AGAGAAGAGGCAGCCAGCUGAAGACAACCCAGAAAAUGCCCCAUCUGCUGCCGACAAUGUGACAGAGCCAACAUCGGCCCCGGAUGAUCUGACUGAGCCACCCUGUACCCCAAACGAUGUGACAGACCCACUAGACAUCCCAGAUGAAGAGGCAUACAUUUUGAUGAAGCCACAGGUGGAAAUACACGAUCUGCAUCAUGCCCUGGCCCACACAGAGGGGGAGAUGGGCAACUGGGUCCCAAUGGAGCAGCCAAACAACAAGCAGGCCCAUGCCCUGGCAACUCAGCUGGAGAAGAUGCGCCUUGACAUGGAGCUCACCAUGACCAGGUACCGAUACGAAGACAACGAGAAACAGUGGCAGCAUGAGGAGAAGAUGGAAGCCAUGCGCCAGCAGGCCCUAUCAUUGACACAGCCUUCUGGUGGAGCCCAUCACUUCCUGUUACCUCAGGACCAGUUUACAUUGUUCCUGUAUUGCUUCAUCUUCAUACACGUCAUUUAUAUAGCGAAAGAACUGGUGUUCUUUUUCAUUAAGAAGCAUGAGAUGGUUGCUAUUGGUGCCAUCCUCAUAUGUGCCAUUAAAACAUUCUGGAAGUAGAGUCUUUGGCAUGUGUGGCUCCCCAUUCUCAGAACCCCUGCAGUGAAUGAACCCAGCACCAGCAUUUGAGCACUUUUCACAGACUUUAUUCAAUUCAACCUUCAAUUCACCAAUACCUGCCACACACAAAAAAGUUGUACGCCAAUCACCUGCGCCCCCAAAGGUUCUGCCAGUCCUUCUCUGAAGCCACCUCUCCCUCUCUCACACACACACACACUUGUGGAACACAAUAAAGUGUGUAAAUUAAGCACAUUGAUGUACACAAGUGAGUUUUAAUAAAUUAUUUUAAUAACAA